AUGGGAAAUCUAACCGUCAUCCAUGAAUUUGUCCUGCAGGGACUUUUCUCUGUGGAGCAGCGCCACCAGCUGUCUGCACUGUUGCUCUGUAUGUACGUAGUCACCGUGUCUGGGAACAUGCUCAUCAUCUUGGGCAUUGUGUGUGACUCUUGUCUCCAUUCCCCCAUGUAUUUCUUUCUUAGCAACUUGGCCUUUGUUGACAUUUGUUUUACUUCCACUACAGUCCCCCAGAUGGUAGUAAACACAUUGUCAAGUUCAAAGACUAUAUCUUUUUCAUGCUGUCUCACUCAGCUUUUUUUCUUCAUUUCUUUUGUGAAUAUGGACAGUCUUCUUCUUUGUGUGAUGGCAUAUGAUAGGUAUGUGGCAAUAUGCCACCCUUUGCAUUAUACAACCUUAAUGAAUCCUCGCGUUUGUGUUCAGUUGGUUGCUGGAUCCUGGGUGGUUACCUUUGUUCAUGCCCUCCUACACACUUCCUUAAUGGCACGUCUGUCCUUUUGUGCCUCCAACAUCAUUCAUCAUUUUUUUUGUGAUCUGAACCCACUGCUGCAGCUCUCUUGCUCUGAUGUCUCCUUCAACAUAAUGCUCAUUUUUACAGUGGGAGGUCUAUUGGCUCUAACACCCCUAAUCUGCAUACUCAUAUCUUAUGGGUUUAUCUUCUCCACAAUCCUGAAGAUACCUUCAACUCAAGGAAAGCAGAGAGCCUUUUCCACUUGUGGCUGCCACCUGUCAGUGGUGGUGCUGUUCUACGGCACAGCCAGUGCUGUGUACUUCAGUCCUUCCUCUUCUCACACUCCUCUUAGAGAUACUCUCUCCGCCGUCAUGUUCUGUGGUGACGCCAAUGCUGAACCCUUUCGUCUACAGCCUACGGAACACAGACAUGAAGAAAGCACUCCAGAAGACAUUUUCUAA